GGCUGUUGUUGCGGGGUUGCCCUGACCCUUCAGUCCUCGCUUCGGCGACCUAGGCCUCCUUUGAAGGGCUUGGAAGAGAGGCUCCUAUCGUCCUCGCUUUGCUGAUUCGUGCGGGCGCCGGGCGGUCACCGCUGCGUGAGUGACGCCUGGCCCGCGCGGUGUCUGGGCGGCGACGAGAGGAGCCAGGGACCAAGGCGUGCGGCCGAGUGCCGGCCGCGCGGUGACCGACGCCCUUCCGUGCUCGCGCGAUGUCACCUCGGUGUGUUUUGUCUUUACUCACUUGGAGUGCGUUUGUUAGUGACCGGAGUGACGCGGUUUGCUGGCAGCUGGGUGGGCUGGAGUCCGCGUCCCCAUCCAGCACUUACUGGCCGCGGGACUAAUGCGAGUCUAAGUUUCGAGUAUCAAAUGCGGGAAGUGAUAGUAACCUAUCUUAUAAAGUAGUUGGGAGAAUUGAGCGGGUUCGUACCUUUGAAGGGCUUAGAAUUGAGGGUGAUGCAUAGCAAAACUGUGAAGUGCUGUCCUGCGUUUUGAGCCUGGGCACCUGAAAGGAGAUUGUAUCCCUUUCCGCUGUUGAAAAACGGCAGCCCAAGAAUUAAAAAAAAAACGGGGGAAGAAAGAAAAUUAAAUACGGGCUUUCGUUUGCACAGUCUACUGAAAAACACAACUUUUAAAACAACUUAGUUGCACAUCCUGUAUUAGAGAAGGCAGGGGUUAGGUCAUACUUAAAUCGAAAGCCUUAAAAGCCCUUGUUUGGCGUCUGCGAACUUGGAUUAUGAGAAUGUUCCCAUUUAAGAAUUUAUGCCGAACACAAUGUUUUAUGCUGAAAUUACCAGCUUCCAUAAAAGUCCUGGGCUCCCAGGGCACAAGCGAUAGAUACAUGCUUACUGCUUCAGAUUCCUAGUUGGGGAAGAGUGUAUUCUGUUUGAACCCUUCUGGGAGGGAGAGAGCGUAAGGAAACCUACACGAUUCGUCUAGACUUUACCUGUGUCUUUUCCCAUUAUGCUCAGGUUGUAUAUUCAUAAGACAUUGCUGUAAAAAAUAUCAUCUAUGAGUACAGCUCUAUGCUGAGUCCUAUGAAUCCUAUUCACUAUCCAGAAUGUUGGGGAUCCCAGACACAAAUUUGAUGAUAGAAAGUUUUGAAGCUCUAAUAAUCGGAAUUUUAAUUUUUUUCCCUUAAAUGGAAAUUGGAAGAACAUCUCUAUAAAACUGUAUAUUGUGAGUUACUGUAGCAAAUGAAUCUGUCUGUUUAAUACAUGUCAGGAAAAUGAUUGGAAAUUGCCUUUCCAUUGCCAAGUAGAAGACUAGAUAAGUGAGUGUGGAGUUGGAAGAGUUGGAGGUUUAAGGAAGUUGAAAAAGGUUUGAAAUGGCUGUGUGAAGGAUACCUAAGUUGACCAGAAGGUGUUGUAGAUAAGUAAAUAACAGAUGCGGGUUAAAGAUCCAUCCAAAGAUUUACCUGAGAAAGGCAAAAGAAAUAAAAAACCUUUGAUACCUCAUGAUGAAGAUUCUUCAGAUGAUAUUGCUGUAGGUUUAACUUGCCAACAUGUCAGUCACGCUGUCAGCGUGAAUCAUGUGAAGAAAGCAAUAAUUGAGAAUCUAUGGUCAGUUUGCUCAGAAUGUAUAAAAGAAAGAAGAUUCUAUGAUGGACAGCCAGUACUUCCUUCUGAUAUUUGCUUGUGCCUCAAGUGUGGUUUUCAGGGAUGUGGUAAAAACUCAGAAAGCCAGCAUUCACUGAAGCACUUCAGGAGUUUUGGAACAGAGUCCCAUUGUAUCAUAAUUAGUUUGAGUACAUGGGUUAUAUGGUGUUAUGAAUGUGAUGAAAAAUUAUCAACAUAUUGUAAUAAGAAGGUUUUGGCUCAGAUAGUUGAUUUUCUCCAGAAACAUGUUUCUAAAACACAAACAAGUGCUUUUUCUAGAAUCGUAAAACUUUGCGAAGACAAACGUGAAACAGGUGAAAUAAAGAAGGGAACGAAAGAUAGCAGUGUGCACUCUGUGAAAGGAAUUACAAAUUUAGGAAAUACUUGCUUUUUUAAUGCAGUCAUUCAGAACUUGGCACAGACUUACAUUCUUAUUGAACUGAUGAAUGAGAUAAAAGAAGAUGGUACAAAAUUAAAGAUUUCUCUUUCUCCAGAGUCUCAGAUGGGCCCAUUAGUGGUGGAACUUUCAAGCCCAGGACCACUGACCUCAGCCUUGUUCCUGUUUCUUCACAGCAUGAAGGAGACUGAAAAAGGACCACUUUCACCUAAAGUUCUUUUUAACCAGCUUUGUCAGAAGGCGCCUCGAUUUAAAGGCUUCCAACAACAGGAUAGUCAGGAGCUUCUUCAUUAUUUACUGGAUGCAGUAAGGACAGAAGAAACAAAGAGAAUACAAGCUAGCAUUCUAAAAGCGUUCAACAACCCAACUACUAAGACUGCUGAUGAUGAAACUAGAAAAAAAGUCAAAGCAUAUGGAAAAGAAGGCGUAAAAAUGAACUUCAUAGAUCGGAUCUUUAUUGGUGAAUUAACUAGCACUGUCAUGUGUGAAGAAUGUGCAAACAUUUCCACAGUGAAAGAUCCUUUCAUUGAUAUUUCACUUCCUAUAAUAGAAGAAAGGAAUCAACGAAUUCAUGACAGAAAACAUGUAAGAAAAUUGUCACCUGGAGGAAAGAAGACUGUUGUUAUAUAUCAGAAAAAUGAAAAUCUUGAAAUAAGUGGGGACUCUUCAGUGUUUGCAAGCAUCAUGGGUACUGAGUCAUCUCUGAAUGAAAGCCCUACGGAUGGCAGUGAUAAAGAAGCCAGCCAUUGUGAAAGUAGUGCUGAUGCUGACAGUGAGGCUUCCCAGUCAGAAAGCACUUCAAAGCAGACCAUGCUGUUUAGAUCCAGUGGGGAAGCCUGUGUGCACACAGAUAGGCACCUUCAAUUCACAUUGGCAAAUAAACUGCCACACACCAAGGAGACUGACAGUGGUGAUGAGGGAAUGGCUGAAGCAAUUUCUGAACUUUGUCUGAGCAGCAGUGAAAUUGGAGAUCAAGAUUUUGACAGAGAAAAUCAGCCACUGCAUGUUCCAAACAACUUAUAUUUUUCAGAUGGAAAGCAUAUGAGGUCUCACAGCCCCCAAAAUGCUUUUCAGACUCUUUCUCAGAGCUAUGUAACUACUUCUAAAGAAUGUUCAGUUCAGUCCUGUCUCUACCAGUUUACAUCUAUGGAAUUGCUAAUGGGGAAUAAUAAGCUUCGUUGUGAGCACUGUACGGAGAAGAAGCGGAAGCACCAAAGGGAAACCAGUUCUGCAGAAAAGAAAGCAGAAGGGGUUUACACUAAUGCCAGGAAGCAAUUGCUCAUUUCUUCGGUGCCAGCUAUUCUGAUUCUCCAUCUUAAAAGAUUUCAUCAGGCUGGCUUGAGUCUUCGUAAAGUAAACAGACAUGUAGAUUUUCCACUUACGCUUGACUUAGCACCAUUCUGUUCUGCUACUUGUAAGAAUGUAGGUGUGGGAGAUAAAGUUCUCUAUGGUCUUUACGGCAUAGUGGAACAUAGUGGCUCGAUGAGAGGAGGCCAUUACACUGCUUAUGUGAAAGUGAGAGUGCCCUCCAGGAAAUUAUCGGAACAGAUCAAUGGAAGGAAAUAUGUACCUGGUUUGAAAGAACCUGAUAGCGAAUCAGGAGGCCAGUGGGUUCAUGUUAGUGACACUUAUGUGCAGGUGGUUCCAGAAUCAAGAGCACUUAGUGCACAAGCUUACCUUCUUUUUUAUGAAAGAAUACUGUAGUUAGUUGUUAAUUGUUAAUGGUAUUGAUUAUUUAGCUCACUUUUAUUUGACUGCUGCAGUGGUAACUAUAAUAUGUAAAAUGUGCCUUUGUAGUCUUCUCUCUUCUGUAGGAAUAGCAUGUCCUUCAGAUGCUUAACUUUUUCACCACUUUGGUGAAUCCUUUUAAAGUAACUUAAAUUUACUCAGUGCUUUCAAAUUUAUAUUCCUAAUCGUAAAAACAUUUUUUUUCAUGUCAUGGAGGACAAAAAAAAUCAAAAUUUAUAGUAGUAGAGGAAACCCCUUUAGGAUAUGACUCAUUAUUUCAAGCAUUCACAAUGAUGCUAGCUAAAUCAAAUCAUCCUAAUAUACUGUUUCCUAAGUGUGAUACUACUUUUCUGAUCUCAUGUAAUAUAUUCUGUGCCAUUAUUUACUUAUUGUUUUUUAAUGUUUUAUCGUUUUGUAGCCUUAGCCUUAUUUUUAGCAAUCAUAUUUCACCUUUUUGUGCAUGUUAUUUUUAUAAUAAAUAUUAACAUAAAUUUAUAAGUAUUAGAAAGAAAUUAUUCAUCCAUAUACAACUCCACUUAAAAUUAUCUCGGGGCUAUCUAGUAGUAUAUAUAUAUUAUUGUUUAGAACAAAUUUCUGUAACUAUAUGAAGUAAUACCCAAUAUAACAUAGUUACUUCAUCAUAUUUUAUAUGAUUCAGCCAUAUAAAAAGGUAUCACUAUAAUUUUGAUAGUGUGGGUUUACAAAUAAUGUAUGGAGUAACUUAUUGCUUUGAGGUUUUAGCAAUAUUGAAAUAUUCUUAAAUAUAUCAUUUGCAGCCCACUUAUAAUAGAGUUAAAGAUAAUUUCCAAGUGGUUGGCCAAGGUCAAAAUAUAAUUACAGAUAAUUAUAACAUGCAGAAUUGGUAAAUAGAAGUUGAUAAUUCAUAUGGAACCAUAGGAUACCCUAGAAAUAUAAAUUACCAAAUUAUACUUAUAAAUGAUAGAGAAUUAUAAAGUAAAUGUACAUUUCUGUUUCUGUAUUUCAAUAAAUAAUAAAUAUGCUUUUGGGGUAGAGAGAUUACUUUUUUAUCUUCAGCAAGCAUCAUUUAAAAGUUCAGUUAGAUUUAGCUUUUACUUUAAUGGAGCACAGAACUAGUACUUCUGUUUUUUAAAUAAUUAGCUGCAAAAAUAAGAUAAUUUUCUACUUCUAGAAUACAAAUUACAAAUUUGUCAAAAGUUGGAAUGAGAAAUAUUACUAUUACUUAGAUUUCAGUUUCAAAAAAUCAUGGCUACUUCAGUGUCAUAGUAUUGAAUUAAAACAUAAUUUAAGCACUGAUCAUUAGUGCCAAUGAAUGAUAAUACAGUCAGGGGUCAUAUGAGUGCCUAAAAAGGGAAAAAAGGAUGAGAAUAGUGUCUGUAGAUAAUGUAUGGAAAUGUUUAACCACGACUGAUCCUUUUUAACACAUAAGUGUAUAUAACAUUAUCGAGGUUACUGGUAUAUGGAUGAAUAGAAUUGUGAUUAGUGUUAAAGAUGGUAACAGCAUAUAAAAUGCACUUUCAAAAUGACAUGACAUACAUUCUAUUAUUAACCUGUUGACAUUUCAAAACUAGUGUUUCUCCUUAACAGUGAAGAUACAGUAGACAUCAUUGUUCAUCUGCAAGUCUGGUUGUAUCCUGGAAAGGGACAUUUUCAGUAUUUUCUAUUUAAUUGUAAUCCAUUAACAUUGUAAAUUUCAGUACCAGAACAAGAGCAAUGAAUUUUUUUAAAAGUACUAGAUUUCUUUAUUCAAGUUAGUUGUCUUGAUAGUAGCAAUUGCCACCCUCCCCCUCAAAAAAACUCUUCAUUUUUCUUUUAGAAAUCUAAGAUAUUACUAAGAGGUAUACACUUUUCAUUGGAUGGGCACCUGUUUCAGGUAUCUGUAACAGAUAAUCUGUCAGUAUCUUUUACAGAUACUGUUACCACAGAUACUGUGGUGACAGUAUUUUAUCAUCUUUUAAAAUGGAAAGACCCAAAAUGUAUGAUUUUAGACAUUAUUCUAGUAGUAACAUACAAAUAUGAUACUUAUUUUCAUUUCCUUAGUAUUAAGUGAGCUAAUUUUGAAUUCUAUUUUUAUGGUUGACUUUAAUGAAUGCUUUUUUCUUUUUCUCUGAAAACAAAAAAAAAAAUUGAUUUUGAUACCCAGGAAUUUCCUAAAUGCAGCUUUUGUUGUAUAGAAAGCACAUUAAAUGACAUGUGAGUCUACAUUUAAAUUUUUGUUUUAAUUUUGAAUUUUUCCAAAUCACAUUUGCAGGGAUAUUACAUUAUGAGGCUACUGUAAUAACAAUAGUUUCCAGAUUACCUCAGGAAACAAAUAAAUGAGAACGUUUACAGAUCAUUAACACAACUGCAUAAUAUUUGACUGAAUGAGUUUAAGAAAUAAAACCGAGAAGUUUCACUAGCUCUGUUUAGAAACUGGUUUACGGGGUAUGUCUAACCCCCUGUUCUUAGCUUUCCGAUAUUUAAAAUGAUAAAUUUUUGAUUAUGUGCCAGUUAUAAAUAAUAUAAUAAUUAUAUUAUUUGUGAAUAUUUUUGACAUAACCAAAUAUACACCUAUACUUCAGAUUUUGUCAUUUAAUGCUUUUAAAAAUUAUAUGAAGACCAUCUUUUUCUUAGGUGGCCAACAAGAGUGAUUGUUGUUAUCGAUUUAGCAUACUUGAUUUACCAGCAGACCUCUUUUAAUACAUCUGAUAGCUCUUAGCUUGCAUGUGUGAUGACUUAACUCAGUGAUUUUAUGCAAUAGUUGAAUGACAUUUCUUGAAGAUUAAGCUGUGAAAUGUAUCAUCCCUCAUCUAAUUUUUGUAGUACAAAAUAACAUCUUGCCCACUUUUCUUAUCGUUAUAUUCAUAAUUAAUUUUUCUGCAUGAUAACUGAUCAAAUAAGCCUAUGCCAAAGAUGUGCAAUAAAAUUUAGCCCUUAGAUAGCAUCUAGUGCACUAAGAAAAACUAUUUCUAUAUUUACAAUGUUUUCGUUCAUGUAGAAAUCAUCAAUUCAAAUCUACUUAAAAGAUAUUUUCAAUUUUGAAUAAUAAAUUCACGUCAUUCCUACUGUUUAAUCCUUUUCUGUAGUAUUUUUAGA